AUGGCUGAUACUACAAUGACAACCGACGAACCCAUUCACGAGCCGUUCACCCUCGAAGAACGCAUAAAACAGCUCUGCGAUAUAGACAAAAACAUAGUCCAGUUGAUGAACCACACCUCAUCCGCCAUGUCCGCCCUCAGCAACAAGCCUCAAACGUCUUCAUCUUCAUCACCAGAAGUAGUCUCCCCGGAAGACCAAAAACAACUUUUCAAAUCCUCCAUGGACUCCCUGCUUUCCACACUUCACACGGUAGACGUCCACAUGAAGCGCCAGAUUAUGGGUCUCGAGGAAGCCGGCAUCAUCAAGCUUCGCAAUGACGCCUCCAAGGAAGGCAGGCAAGUCGUUAUGAAUGAGGAUGCCAAGAUUGUGGCCAGGCCUUCCUUGGAGCCCAAUGGCGUCGGUAACAUUGGCAACCUCGAUGUCGGUUGGCUCAACAGUCGCAACAAUAAGGUCGAGCGCGACAUGGAGGCUGAGCUGUGGGCCAAGAUGAGGGAGUUUCUUGAAAAGUAUCACGCAGAUGAGCAGGCGGGAGCUGGAGAUAUGAUGCAGCAGUAA